AUGACUAGCAAAGCCGGGCCGAGUAAUCCACGAUGCGUUGCUUCAUCCUGUGGUGAUAUUCGCAAUAUAAGUCACCCGUUUCGACUGAAGAGUGACCCAAAGGAAUGUGGUGAUCCAAAAAAGGAGCUGGUCUGUGAAGAUAAUCGUACUGUUCUCUAUUUCCAUGAUGGCCGAUUUUAUGUACAGUCUAUCAACUAUUCCAGCUUCAAAAUCAGAUUGGUUGAUGAUGGGUUGAAAAAGGAUAACUGCUCAUCUCUCCCUCGUCAUUCACGGGCAUUCUAUAACUUCAAGAACUAUUCCGAUCCAAAUAAUUCAUACUACAUGUAUGGAGGCAUACUGGUCAUUGUGAAUUGCUCGAAAGCAGUUAACUUUCCUAUCUACAUUGCUACGAGUCCAUGCAUUAAGGGUUCGUACUCUUUCAACACAUCAUCGAAUUGGAACUUGUAUGCUUUGCUCAAUCCAUCGGCAUCGGAUGUUAGGGACUUUUGCACCAUUAGCAGCUGGACAAUAUUACCAGAUUUGAGUUAUGAGCAGAUCAAUAGUAGCUUCUACAACUAUGAGCUAAUCCAUAACAUCAUGGCUGAUGGAUUUACUCUCUACUUUGGUCCAUCCAGGAUGGCAAAAAAUUUCUUUUGCUACUUUGAUCUGUACAGCUACUUUCUUCUCUAUAUCUCCAUUUAUUCUGGUAAAUUGGACAUGUAUAUCGCCUACAGGAGUCAAGUUUGCGGAUCCAAGCACUACGAGGGCGGAUUUGUUCUUUCAAUAAUUAUAAAAAUAACAUAUUCUAACCCAAUAAAAAUCUCUUCAGUGCUUUUUUGUGUAGCGAAAUUCGUAAUUGGAAUGCCAUUUGUCACAAUAUUUCUGAUCUGCAAGUAUAGAAGAAGGCACCUAGCAAUGGACAAGAAUAUUGAAGAAUUUUUGCAAGCUCAGAACAACUUUUUGCCCAUAAGGUACUCUUACUCUAAUAUUAAGAAGAUCACCAAAAACUUUAAGCACAAACUAGGUGAAGGGGGGUAUGGUUUUGUGUACAAAGGAAUGCUUAGAAGCGGCAACGAAGUGGCCAUCAAGAUUUUGAAGCAGUCCAAGGCCCAUGGCCAAGAUUUUAUCAGUGAAGUGGCUACUAUUGGAAGAAUUCACCAUGUUAAUGUAGUGCAACUCAUCGGUUUUUGCUUUGAAGGCUCGAAACAAGCUCUCGUGUAUGAUCUCAUGACAAAUGGGUCUUUGGAUAAGCACAUUUUUGCGGAGGAAGCUAAUAAGUUUCUUGACUACAUGAAAAUAUUUGAGAUCACUCUUGGGGUGGCGAGGGGGAUUGGAUACUUACAUCGGGGGUGUGACAUACAAAUACUACACUUUGAUAUCAAGCCUCAUAACAUUCUUUUAGACAAGAAUUUCAUCCCGAAAGUUUCUGAUUUUGGGCUCGCGAAACUUUAUCCCACGGAUCAUAGCAUAGUUUCAUUAACUGCUGCAAGAGGAACCUUAGGAUAUAUGGCGCCUGAAUUGUUUUACAAAAACAUUGGUGGCGUAUCUUAUAAAGCGGAUGUCUACAGCUUUGGGAUGUUGCUCAUGGAAAUGGCAAGUAGAAGGAAGAAUAUAAAUGCAAAUGCAGAACGCUCAAGCCAAAUUUAUUAUCCAUUGUGGGUGUAUGACCAAGUUAGUGAAGGUACAAGUGUUGAAAUGGAAGAAGUUGCAGAAGAGGAAAGGAAGGUGAUAAAAAAAAUGAUAAUAGUUGCACUUUGGUGCAUACAAUUAAACCCUGAUCACCGCCCUCCAAUGAACAAAGUCAUAGAAAUGCUAGAAGGAGAUAUUGGUAAACUUCAUAUGCCUCCAAAACCGCUUAUCUACCCACCAGAUGUGGUAGUUAACGAUGACAAAUUUGAGAUGGAACUAGAAACACUCUCUACUUCACCAAGUGCUUCAGUAAUUUCAACUAGUUCUCCUUUUAGAGAUAACAAUGUUGUUUAGAGAAGCUUGUGCUGUUUCAUUGGAAAAGCUUUAUACGUUUGCCCACAAUCUAAUAUUAUGUUGGGAGGGAGUUGAGCUAGUUUAUCUCGACCCUAAUUACUUUGAGAUUGU